AUGUAUCAUCUGGCUUUUUUCAGUUGCUUUGGAGUGUCUUUUAUGACUUUGGGUGCUGUCAGCUAUGAGCGCUUCGUGGCUGUUCGACUGCAAGUCAGAUACAAUGAUUUCUUCUCUUCGACACGAGUUGUGAAAUAUGUUCUGAUCAUAUGGACCCUAAAUAUUUUGUUAACUGCUCUAAAAUGGACUUCUAUUGAAUCCGCAGUCGAAAACAUCCAUCUCAUGGUAUGGUCAGUUUGCUUUCUCGUUUCUGUAGCUACGCAGAUUGGCGUUCUGUACGUCGUGCGAAUACAGCGUGAACAAGUCCAGCCGCAACUCCAAGGCGCUGAAAAUCGCCAGAGACAACGAGAGGCCAAGCUCGCGAAAAACAUAUCUAUCCUCGUCGGAGUGUACUUGAUUUUGAACUUUCCUGUGUUGUUAACUUUAAUAUAUGAUCAAUUAUUGAGACUAAACUUACAAACUAACAACCACUACAGCUGGACGGAGACGCUUGCCUUUUUAAAUUCUUGUACCAAUUCAUUAAUAUGCUAUUGGAAAAAUGUAGAGGUGCGUCAAAAAGUUAAAAAUAUCUUGAAGAAGCUGGUUUGUCAAUAAAUACCACGUUUACCGGAAGGUGCUAAGUUUUGUAUCUGGCUUUUCAAUUUAUAUUUAUUUCUUGUGUUUUCUAAUUAGCUAAAAAGUAUUGUUACAUCAUCUGCCACUGCUAACUUUCAAUUGAGAAGUGACCUUUCUAUAGUUUUCUAUAGUUCCUAAACCUAACAUGUUUGGGUUUACCGAAAGUGUUGUCGUUAUUGUCGUUUCUGUUGUUUGUUAUUCUUGUUAUUUUAAUUAAGAAUUUGUCAGGGACGAAUCACUCACUUGGCGUGGGAAGUCAUUUUUUAAUGCUGCUGUAUUUUACGCAGAUCCAAAGUGCUCGAGAGUAUGCCAGUAGACCAGAAAUGGAAGUAACAAAUCUUUUUUAUCCCAAAGGACUUAAAACCCCAACCGGGAAAUGAAUAAUACAUGUAGAAAAUGCUGUCUUCCAAAAAGAAAAAUACUAAUUAAUUGAUAAAUCAUGAAAAAAGUUCACAGAAUCCAUUUUUUGCCGGAACUUAGUAUCCAAUCCCUUGUUGCCGAACGUAUUUUAGAAAGGAUAUUUAUAGUAAGUUAUACCGUGUCUUAUACAUCUUUAGACACGAAGGUAUCAGUGUUCAGAGUAGCCUUACCUAUGAAUAUACUAUCAGAAGAGAGUUUGUUGGUCAUGUGUUUUUAAAGCAUAAGAUCAUAUGGUAAGUCUUAUCUAAACUUAUCCCUGAACCUUAACAAGUGUUGACAACUUGAAAAGUUUGUUCUAGAAAAUAUGACUUAUUAAAAAUUCGUUACCCUUUGUGGCCGCUGUCAGGGAAAAAACACAAGAAUACUUAGAUUACUUACAAAAUAAUAUAGCUUUCAAGCAAAGGCACCUUCCCCUCGUAAUAAAAUUAUAGUGUUUUACUACUUAAGAGCAAAAUCCGAUUUAUUUGUUAUCAUGAAAAUAAUAGGAUAGCAUACUUGUCUGAAACUAAAUUUAGAGAAAAAAAAAUCGCAUUUCCAGAAAUGUUACCUGACAUGUUCCGUUUCUGUUGCAAUGAGCAAAUUUUGGGGUUUCUCGUGACUCAGUUACGAGAUGAUGUACGAACAGGCUUUUCAUACAUCAUCUUUAAUAAUUGUCCUAGGUUUCGAAAACACGAUAUUCGACGCGCUACAAAACAUAUGCAUGGUCAAAACUUACAUGUUCUAUUUUCUUAAUAUGUCCUCGCUCUUAAGACUAAUUACUGUUUAAAAAUAUUAUUUUUCCUGCACUUCAUAAGUGUAAACCUAGUAAUAUUCUAGGUGCGGAAGAACAUUUUUAUUUUUUAACGAUACAAGUCAUUUUUCUCAAAUUAUUUAACGCUGAGUUAACUACUCCAGGCGCCAAAGACCACUCCGCUGUUAAUAAAUUAGAAAGAUAUUAAAGAAAAAACCUUUAAGUGGAAACUUCUAGUUUAAUUGUUUGGGUGUUAUAUCCCAUUCACUGGGGAAUGGAUUAUUCAUAGGCUAGGUCGGCAUUUUUCGUUUAUGCUUGAUGUCUGCCUUCGUUGAUUUCUCACGCAGGAGAAGCUUUCAAAAGAAGAAAUUCUUGGUAAGGUUUUUUCGUAUAUGUAGCUCAUCUGGAAUAACGCUGACAAAAAUGCACAAACUCAGAGUGCAAAUUGCAAUCAUGCUGCGCGGAUAAAAAUUUGAGGGCUUGCUUUCAAUCCUAAUUAGUCUCCUGCUAUUUUCUUUUUGAUGAUUAAUUAAACGAUGAUUGAGUUACUAAGAUUUUUUUAGUUCUUCGUCGCCUAUAAUCAAUUGUUUUUUGCUACUCUUUCAUCGUUUCAUGCAAUAUAUGUCUUUAUCAUAUUAAGAUACCAACCAGCCAGAGAUAUUUGAUCCUCCAAGCAUAAAAGCUGGUACGUCGAAUCUUUCAUUCCAUAUUUCGAUAUUUUUCAUAGAUAUUUGACUAUAACAGAUUUACUAGUAAAAAAAAAAAAAAGGAAAAAAUUAAUAACAACAGCGAUAAAAAUACUGCCCGACAGCUCUUCUUAUGUUUAUUAUAAUUUUAUUUAUUCAUUUUUUAUUGGCAGAGUAUCUUGAGGUGUUUCAGUACUGUGGCCAGGGUCGGGAGGGACGUAUUUCAACAAAGCAACUAAGAGGAGCCAUGCAGAUGGUGGGACUGAACCCAACUGAUUUUCAAAUACAAACUCUUAUCAAUGAAGUGGAAUACAAGGGUCAGUAAAUUACCCUCUCAGCCAUUCAUGGUCUCCCUGUGAUACCUUUGUACAUACUUAUCCAAAUAGCUCAAGAGCGCCAAUGCCGUUUUCCUUUUUCAUUGGAGAGCAUCACAACAGUCAAUCAAAUAAAAAGAAAACAUUACAAGAAGCCAAAAAAACGAGGAAACUGCUUAAAGCGCGAAAAAACUUUGGUGGCUAAGUCCAGAUUAGCCUUAGUUUUGAAUCUGGAUUGGUUUUGAGAAUGGCGCUUGUUUCUUAGACCAAUCGCGGGCAUCUCUCUUACUGGAGUGACAUAAGUCAGUAGGCCAUGCUAUUGCUUUGCCCUCUCGCGAUAUACUCAUAAAAAAAUUACUAAUUUGGUUUGGAUGGUGCUGUUGCUCUCGGGAUAACGUAAAGUAAACAAAAAUUGGGCAUCCCAAGACCGACAAUAGUGAUAAACUGGCAUCUUUAUUACUGAAAGAGUGCGUCCUAUUAAUCAGCAACUGCAUAUGCUUUUUUUUUUUUUUUUUUUUUUUUUUUUUUUUUACCAGGUGACGGUUACAUAACUUUUUCUGAUUUCAUUAAAACCAUCGAAGAAUAUAACCCGACGAUAAAGUAGACCUUAUGAUGGCAUUCAAGGUGUUUGACUGUAAUAACAAAGGCUACAUUGAGACGAAAGAGUUGAGAAGAGCUUUCAUGAGACUAAAAGGAAUUACUAAACAAGAACUUGAGGAACUUCUGGCGACUGCAAAUCUUGAAAAAGAUAGGCACAUAUACUUUGAAGGUACGAUGUGCCAGCUUAGCUUUUGAUUGUUUUUGAUUGUUGAAACGUAAAGUCAGAUAAAUACUCGUAACAUGAUAUAUAUGAUACUAGACGUCUAACAAUCAAAAACAGCGACGACUUUAAAAUCUUAAGUAUACUUGUUUCAAAAACAGCGACGACUUUAAAAAAAUUUUAAAAAUUCAUUGGAAUGCUCUAUGUCUCAGGAAGUUUUGAUCAUUCAUUUUCAAACAAUCAUUUCUCUUUCCAUCACGUCUUUAAAAGCCUUCCGAAUUCUCCGAAUAUUCCGGUAUUAUUUUUACAUUCAUGGGAACACCCUCAACAAUACUUUUGGAAGUCAUUCAGACGUUUUAGAGCUUUGGAAAUUUUGAGAGGGAAAUCUAAUUAAAUGACUUUGAAAAGGCUUGAAGUUUUGAAGAAUAUCAUCAUACCUAAACGUCCUAUCAACAACACGCGAGGUGUUUGAAAAAUUACUUCUGGUAGUCUACAUACAGAGUCUUAAAAAACAUUGAAGGGAUCGCCUUUAUACUAAGGCAUAUGUGGACAAAAUGAUCUCUCAUCUUGAUCGUAAGUCAUAAUGAAGCAUAAAAAAUUAUUAAACACAAAAAUUUAUCCUCUCCUUUCUAGUCCCCGAGAACUGCCCAAUUCCAUUAUCCUUUCACCCGAUUGCCUUUCUUUUCCUUUUCAGAAUUUUCAAGGCUGUUAGUACCACUAAUCAACAGAGACCUGGACACAAUUUGCUUGUAUUAAUGCCCUUCUGUUAAAGGAAGUAAUAUAAGAUUCUCGAAUCACAGAACGGCUGGACCAUCUGUGAAUCGUUUUGUUUGGCAAAGAUCAGUUUUUUUCAUCUAUACCGUACUCAAACUCAAUCAAAUGCCGCGGCGCCGGCAGUUUUGAUAUCUUUAGCGUUUCUGUCGAUAUCAAAAGAA